UCCGUUUCUGAAAUUCAGAGCGGUAAAACCCAAUUCUGAGCGCUAAAACCAAUUUUUUCGUUCCCUUUCUGAAAUUCAUAGCGCAAAGUGAAAGUGAAUUUCAUCUCCCAAACCCUAACCCUUUCUCCCUUCUCUUUCUUCUCUCAAACCCUAAUCCUUUUUUCCUUUCUCCUUCUUCUCAAACCCUUCAACUUGCGUACAUAGAGUUAAGCUUUUAGGGUUUAUCAAGAGUUUCACGAAAUUCACCUCAAUCAAAGGGUUUCAAGGAUUCAUCGUAAUCAAAGGUUUGAAGUAUUUGUUAUGCAUGCUUAGUUCAGAAUGUUGAUUACAGGACAAACUCUUGGACCUGACAAGUGUAACACGUCUCUUUCCCAUCACUAAGUACCUUGGUUUUCUUGCCACUAGUAUCACAUGAAUUAUGGAUAAACCAUCUAGCUCUUCACCAAAAAAAAAGAAGACUAGAGGUGUCACAGCAUUGCUACGUUUCAUUGCCAAACUUCCUGAUGGUGAAAAAUACCAAAUUGAUUUUGAUCCUGAUACCUUCCAACCCAUUGGUCAGUAUGCUGCAAAGUUUAAAAGUUAUUUGUCAUUCAUUGCACGUAGCAAGGUUAGUAUAAAUGAAAAGCAAUGGAAAAAGAUAAGCGAUAAGUUGAAGGACGUGAUAUGGGACGAUAUCACGUGUAAGUUCACUUGCCCCACUGAUAAAGAAUUUAGGAAGCAUUGGUUUGUUUAUAUGGGGGAACGAUUGAAGCAAUUUAAGACAUUGCUCUCAAAUGUCUAUAUAUUUGGGAAAGGAGAUAAGCAUGGAAAUACAACUCCAUUUGAAAAGUAUAAAUUUAUCAAAGAAGAAGAUUGGGAUUUGUUUGUCCAGACUCGACAAAAAGAAGAUUUUCAAGAGAAAAGGCUAAAAGGAAAGACACAUGCAUCAAAGAAUAUCCACCCUCAUAUUUUGUCUCGUGGUGGUUAUGAAAAACUUAGGGCCACCGUAAUGGAAGAGAGGAGGAAAAAAGUGAUUGAAGAGGCCAAAGGUGAUGAAAGUUUGAAAGGUGAUGAAAGUGAUUGAAAGGUGAUGAAAGUGAUUGAAGAGGCUCAAAUCCAACAAGGAAUGAAACUCCUACAACAGAUGCAAUUGGAGCUCCGCUCCGAGAGGCCUAAAGAGAUGUUUAUAAAAGAGCAUGUAGAAUCUGUGGGUACGAGCACUAACGGAAGUUGCUCAAAGGUUAUGACUACUGAAGAUUUAACUAAAAAAAUGGAUGCUUCUGAAGAUUACCUCAAAAAGAUUAACAAUCUCAAGGAAAAAAGUUUGUGAUGUUGUUGUUUUUGGUGGCUUUAAUGUAACUAGGAGUUUAUAUGCAGGGGCAUCAACAAGAUAACGGAUGGGCAUGUGGAUAUUAUGUCAUGAAAAAUAUGUUUGACAUUAUUGAUGCUUGUAUUGUUGAAAGAUUCAAUGAGAUAUUCACAGACACCUCAUCAUAUGAAAAAGAGUCAAUUGAUCACAUCCGACAACUUUGGGCUCAAUUCUUUUUGCAAAAGGUUGAAGAGCAAGAGAACCAGGAAAAGAAAGAUUUAAUGACAAAACAGAAGCGAU